AUAUUUCGAUUUAAAAUUUGAAAUAUUAUAAGAGAAAUUCCAAACCUAUUUUCUUAAAAAUAUGCCAUGCAUAUUUUGUAAAAUUAUUGAUAAAUCAAUGCCAGCUAAUGUAUUACAUGAAGAUGAAAAUGUUCUUGCCAUUACAGAUAAAAAUCCUGCCUCAAAGUAUCACUAUUUGGUUAUGCCCAAGAUUCAUUAUCCUAAUAUAAAACAUGUUUCUUGUAAUGAACUUGGUGUAGUAAAUAAUCUAGUGGAUGUUGGUUUUAAAAUAUUACAACAGUAUAAUCCUGAUAAAUCUCAAAUAAGAAUGGGCUUUCAUAAAUAUCCAUUUAAUUCAAUUGAACAUAUGCAUUUACAUGUUAUAUAUCCAAUUAAAUCCCUGAAGCUGCUACAAAAAUUAGAAUUUAAACCCAAUACUCCUUGGUUUACAUUAGUUGAAGAUGUAAUCCAGAAGCUUUCUAAAUAAUUUUUAUGUUUGG